AUGUCCGUCUCUCGCAUUAACGCAGCAUUCUGCGUCCUUUGGAUUCUCCUCUUCAUAUUUUCCGCAAUUUUCUCAUACGAUGACCCGUCAUCCAUCUUUUUCAAUGCCGAUAGAGCCUACGAACAGCGCUUUUCCAGUGUGAGAGCGGCUGAGGCGGACGCAUACAUUCGCAAUCUACCCGCGAGAGUCAUACCGAUCAAACCUGUCGACAAGCUGCUCUGCAUCGGCAUUCCCAGCAUUAAUCGCACGACCGAGUCGUUCCUUUCCUCCACGAUUGCUACAUUGUCCGAUACGCUCACGCCAGAAGAGCGUGCGUCUAUCCGUAUCGUGGUGUUACUGGCCGAUAAAUCGCCCUCGGAGCACUUUGCCUAUGGACAGAAUUGGCUCGAGCCGCUUGUUGACGAGGUUCUCCUCUAUGGCGAGCCGCCUCAAGGAAGCACCAAGUAUCGCCGUAUACCGCUCGAUCUGAAAGAGGGGAAUAUUCGUGGUGAUGGCCGGGUUGAGAACAUGAGACUUGACCACUCAGCGCUAGUCGAAGCGUGCAGAGAGCAAGAAUACCCAUACUUUGCGCUGGUGGAAGACGACAUUGUUACCACUAGGGACUGGUUUCCUCGAUUCAUAAAAGGGCUGACAUACGUCGAGCAAAAGACCAAAGAGACUACGAGAGAAUGGAUAUACCUGCGAUUGUUUUACUCGGAAAUAUUAAUGGGAUGGAACAAUGAGGAAUGGUUAGGCUAUUCCAAAAUCAUCUGCCUGGUAUACACCGCCGUGCUGGCUGCGUUUCUGGUUGGGCGGAAAUACGUACGCGUCGGCGCUUCGAGCGGCGUUUCACCGCACGCGCAGCGUUACCUUGCGGCGCUCGUCUUUGGUCUUUGGUUGCCGGCUCUUAUUGCUCUGUACUUCCUUUCUGGUCGUCUAUUCACCGGCAGAUUGAGCCCCUUCAGCUUGAGCACAUUGCAUGGAGCACGCGAGAUGCCACACUACGGGUGCUGUGCUCAGGGACUUGUCCUUCCCCAGCGACACCUGGAGGGUUUCCAAGCCCUGCUUAGAGAUCCGCCAUACGACUUCCCGGGAGACAUGAUAUUGGAAGACUAUGCAGAAGCUCGUGGCCUUGUCAAGUGGGCGCUGGAGCCAAGUGUGUUCCAGCAUGUUGGGUUCAAGGAAUCUUCCGAUGGAACCCGUAGGGCUGAAGUUUGGAACUUUGGAUUUGAAAGGCAAUAUAGGAUCUAA